AUGCACGACUCGCGGACGGCAUACACCAUCAGCUCUAGAGACCAGCGUAUCAUGCCUGUCUACCUUAUUUCCAGGAUCGCGGAUCCCCUCUUCGCCCUGACCAUGGGUGUCACAGCUGCUCUCACUCGUAUACGCCGUGACCAGCGUGAGAAGAACCCCGAGCGAGCAUCAGAAAUCAGCUAUGGAACUGUCGUGCAGACGGGCGGACAGCGGUUACAACGGUGGUGGAACGGAGAUUUCCAGGAUGUUUGA